AUGAAUAAUGCUACCAGUUAUUAUAGAACAUCGGGUGAACAAGAUGGCAAGUUAACAAGUACACUUCCUAGCGGCUCCACUUCCAAUACUAAUGUUCGUUAUAGUUCUAAUGAUAACAGUGAUGGUACCAUUCAGUCAGAUACAUCUAUAUCCCAAACUUCACAUACAGUAAAGAAGAAAAGGAAAAAUACAAACGUUGCAUGCGUAAAUUGUUCGAGGAAUCAUUCAUCAUGUGAGCAAAAACGACCCUGUUCAAGAUGCAUAAAGAAAGGCAUAGCCAAUACCUGUGUGGAUGCACCAAGAAAGAAGAAAAAAUACUUAGAAGGAAUCGAUACUUUGCCCAUCAGGGUUGGAAGUAACACACCACAUUAUGGGACACCUUUACAAAUUGGCUACCAUUCAGCUUCUUUCAUUGAUAAUCAACAAUAUGGCCAGACUCCAAGACACAGUAUAGGAGAUUUUAAUGAUAUUUACCCUACAAGUUAUAAAAGCUAUCCUGAAAACAGAUAUAAUGUCAGAAAUGACCAAGCACAUAGAUUCCAAUCUUAUGCAGCUAACUCAGAAUACUCUGUUCUGUCAACAAUUGUACGACAAAACUCGCUCAAUAACAAUAACCAUCAAAUAAUACACAGGAAUCGUGAUACCAUUACAUCUCCCGGACCUAUUCAGAGUUAUAACUCCAUAUCGUCGGAAUUAAACAGUCCAUCAAGUAGUUCACCCAAAUCUAACGGCCUCACUCGGAAUAACUCCAUGAGUCCCAAUGCAAAAAACUUUGAUCUAAAUUCUCAACAACAUGAUACAUAUGCACAUAAACCACCUCAGCCAUAUCCAUCAUCUAAAUCACAUAUCUAUUCCAUUCUAUUAGGUGACUACGGUAAAGAAAUCCUUCAAUCGCAAGUAAACCUAUACGCAAACCACUUCCCACUGGUCCCUUUUUUAUCAGUAGAUGGUACAUUAGACUUCAAGAGGAUAUACCCAUCAGAUCCUAGUAAAACAGAGAAUACUGAUUCGUUUUUUAACACUAAGAUCAACCAAUAUUAUGUUAACAAUGAAUUUUUAACAUUUCCGGAAUUGAAAUACAAGAUAGACUCAGGAAAGGUUGAAAAAGUUACCGAUACAGAGAAUUAUGCCGUUUCAGUUUCCGUGGAAUGUCCCCCGCCAGAUGGAUCUAGAUUAUAUAAUAAUGUUGAGUGGGACCAUUCACUUAAGUAUGGAACUCCAGUAGAGAUAUACAAACUGAUAAAUGAACCUUUCUCGCACACACCAGGGUUUAGACAUUUACUUCAAUAUCUACGAAAACGGUUUAGCCAGAAAGACUUAGUGUCCAUGUGCCAGAACAUGGCAUAUUUCAGACCUAUUUUUAUUGCCUGUUCAAUAACUUUAACAGAGGAGGAUAUGAUCUUUAUGGAACAAUGCUAUCAAAGAACCUUACUGCAGUACGUAAAGUUUAUUCAAGAGAUUGGUACACCGACUGUUGUAUGGAGAAGAAAUGGUCAGAUAUCCUAUGUUAAUGAUGAAUUUGAAAUCUUGAGCGGAUGGAAGAGAGAGGAGCUUCUUGAUAAAAUGUCCUUUAUCGUGGAAAUUAUUGAUGAUGAAAGUGUAAGAGAGUAUUUCAAAACUUUUGCUCGAAUAGCUUACAACAAUAUCAAGGGCUCCGAACAAAUGGAUGUCUGUAGACUAUUGACUCCAAUCCGGAAUCAAGUCAUUGAAUGCAAGUGCAUAUGGACUUUAAAGAGAGAUAUGUCUGGCUUGCCAUUAAUGAUUCUUGGCAACUUCUUGCCCGUUUUGUAA